UGCACGUGACAUCCCCGGGAGUAGUUUGCCGCAUGCUCCUUAAAAACUCAACAGUUUUUUAGCGAGUUUCGUGUGUCAUGCUUUUUCCCUUUUGGCCGUGGAAGUCCGAACUAAGACCUGGGGUGAUAUUUAUUACUCACAGAGGAUCUUACCGGUACCGCCUAAAUGGCCUCCACGGAGAGGAACCGUGAGGUUUGCGGCCCUUUCAUCCCACGGCGCAACUCUUUAAGGAAAACAAGCGCGGAGAUUGUCAGUGAGGCCAGACAGUCUCUACGAGUUCAGUCCACACAACGACCAUUCACCCCCAGAGAUGGUCAAAGACGACUUUUUGGGAGGAACUCUGUCCGUGCAGACAACAGGCCUCCAUCUGCCUUCAGUCUUCAUGCUCAAAACUUUGACGCUUCAGACUCAAGGCCUGGUUCAGGGUCUCGUCUCUCUCCUUUGGACCAUAAGCCAAAGUUUCCAACCCCUUGUAACGCAGAGGAUCAACUCAAGGCUUUUCCCAAACCCCCUCCUGACCCAGUGGAAGUGAGGAGGGGGCUGGCAGGACCACGGGCACGCCUCCUCAAGGCUGGAUCUCUCACCGCACCACCGUCUGUAGAAGGACACACAGAUGUGAAAGAGAGAUUAAAUCCAGGCCCGGGACAAAAGAGGCUGUCAGCUAAACUGCUUCUCAGCACAGACCACACGGCAGCUCGCAGUGGUCCGGGCCCACGCAGAACAGCAAGUGAAAGUAGAAUAACGCAGCCUUGUGUUGACUCAGGAAUAAGACCCACAGAGUGCAAAGAAGAAAGGAGAACAGAGCCGGUGUGUGGAGACGGCACCGCACGCACAGACGGGGAUGCGGAGUCAUCUGUGUGGACUGACGUGAUUGCUCCUCUUCUUCAAGAACUAGAGAGUGUAGCCGCAGGCGACUCCGAGGGCCUGGUGGACCGCCUGUGUGAUUUGUGUGACUGUCUCCACGGCGCCUUGGCAGAGGCGGACAUGCUCGGCCGGCGCUGCGAGAGGAGGUCAGGGAUACUUCGAACACUGUUCCGCCUCAUUGACCUCAACUUUGCCCGGCUCAACCUGCGCAUCGCCGAGCUCUGCCUCGCUCUGCGUGUCAGUGGAAACAACCUGCUCAACAUAUGUAAGCUCAUCUUCCAGAUCAGCCGCAGCGAAAGCAACGACACCCUCUUCCAGAACAACUCUAUAAUCGACUCGUUGCUGGACGUGUUGAGCGACGAGGACGUGUCUGCAUCUGGAGAAGCUCUGCUCUACUGUGUUGGCACUUUGAAGUUUCUCUCAGGAAACGCAACAAUCCUCAGACUCCUGCUGGAUAAAAACUGCAUCGGCGUGGCUCAGCAGCUCAUCCAGAGACUCUGCACGGUGCAAAACACCGGCUUCACCAUAGCAGGUCACAUCCUCGUACAGCUGACGGCCACCCUGAGGAACCUCGCAGAUCACCCUGAUUCCCGUCCUCUCUUUGUUUCCUUCUCUAUACUGUCAGCACUCUGCACUGUGCUUCAUCACCACUGUAAAGACCAGGACAUCUGCACCAACAUUUCCAGAAUUUACAGUAAACUCUCCUCUUACUCUGAGUGCCGCCUCGCUCUGGCCCAGACCCCCGACUGCUACCGGCUAUUUUUAAAACUGCUGACCAAACAUCACCAAAAACAGGACCUCGUCGUGCGCCUCCUCUUCACCCUCGGGAACCUCACGGCCAAAAGCGACGAGCCCAGGCUGCAGCUCUUUCGGUGUGACGGCUGUAUGGACACGCUCCUCCGGCUGUACAGCAGCUACCAGCGAAAAGGCUUUCAGAAAGGUUCUCCUCCCCCCGGCGAGCCUCCCGCUCCUCCCCUGGGUGCGCGGGAGGCUGACGACGACGUGCUGGUGAAGCUGGUCAGGGUGCUGGCGAACGUGUGCAUCCACCCGGCCGUGGGUCCGUCUCUGGCCACCAAUGAAACCUGCGUUCAGCUUCUCAUGGAGACACUCGAGCUGAGGUCUGUGCAGGAGAGCGAGGAGCUGCUGGUGAACGUGGCUGCCACCAUCAACAACUUGUCGUUUUACCGCGAAGAAAACUCCUCCAUCAGACACCAUCAGCUCGCUAUUUCACAGUUGAUGCUGAAGUUGGUGCUCAGCCCCAGCAUGGACGCCGUGCUGGAGGCCACCCGCGUCUACGGAAACUUGUCCCAGUCCAAGGACGUGCGGGACUUCAUCAUGCAACACAAAGUGCACCGGUUUGUGGUGACGCUGCUCGACUCGAAGAGUGCUGAGACAUGUUUUUCAGCCUGCGGGGUGCUCACCAACCUGGCCCUGGACCCUCCCAACAGGGUCUGUCUGUCACUGGAGGGGGCGUCUGCAAAGCUGCUGGACUGCCUGAGAGACCUCGGACCAGGUGACUGGCAGCUGGCAGGCCAGGUUUGUCAGGCCGUGUGGAACCUGAUUGGCGGCGGCUCGGAGGAUCCGCUGGACGCACCGGAGAGGGACUCGCUCCUGGAGAUCCUCGCUGCAUUCUUAGACGAAGACGAGGCUCUGAAGUGGACAGACGAUGAAGAUAUGAGGGACUUCCACAAGGCAUGCUGGGAGUCAGAGUUCCUACCUGUCGCUCAGAAAGUGGUCGAGGCUCUCCAGCCUCCAGACUUGACAGCACCACUCACUUGCAGCUGAGAGUUUUGUGUUACACCAGAACCUGUCGCCUUCUAACGAGUAUAUUUAACAAGUAUAUUUUCAUGAUCAAAAUUAGCAUUUUCCUUUAAAUGGUGAAAACAGGAGAGGCCAGUUUAGAUUCCCUCCUCCGGUAUAAUCCUCCAAAUAUGCCCAAUAUGCUCCACGUUUUGCCACCUCAUGACUAACUGCUCUAGCUAUGACUGCAGCUGCUGUUUUUCCACACAGGAUGAAGUUACAGUCGUUUUACAGCCAGUUUAGAGCCUGCAGAUGGUGAAUAUGAGCCACUCACAUCAUCAACAGGAGAUUUCAGGUUUUCACUUUUAAUUAAUAAAACAGGAAAUUAUGCAAGAAUGUAAGAAGCAGGCUGCUUGCUUUUUGUUAUAUGUAUGGAUUCAUAUUUGCAUUUUCAUCUGUAUGUUUUUUUUUUUAUUUAUCCAAUUUCUUAGCAACUGGUCUUAACAUACAUAUAUAUAUGUAUAUAUUUAUGUGUGUAUUGUUUUCAUUCUUUUUAUGCACUUUACCUUUCUUUCCUAUACAUCUUGCAGAAGCAUUUCCUUCUGGGUGUCAUUACAUGUAUGACUCAUUGCACAUUUACACAACAGAUUUGCACUGCAUCCUAACUACACUGUGAAACCUUUAUGAUAAUGUCGUCCUGAAAACAAAUGACUGAUGUGAAAUUUACCUCAUAAAGAAAAACCUUUUUUUCUUUUCAUCUGUGUAUCGUGUGGCAUGUGAAAUUGAGCACAAUAAAGAAAAUGAAAACUGAUUUUUUUUUUUAAAUUUUUUUUAUUUUUUAUUUGCUCCUCAAAGCCUUUAUUAUUACACAGAUAUGGGGCCCGGGCAGUGCUUACAAGUUACACCAAGUAGCCUAAAGUACAGCAUUUCAAAACCACAUCGUUAUUACACCGAAAACAAAUCAUAAACGGCACUUAAAUGCAAAAACCCCUCGGUGUCAGUUUCCACACAGUAGUGACCUUAAACAACCACAAGACAAGCCGGUGUUUUUCAAAAAAACCCCUAAACAACUUAUUAGCCAGAUCUGACAACAAACAUUGUUCUCUACACAGGAUUUCUCAGGUCGAUAUGGUAGACGGUUUAGUUGGGUUGGCUGAUGCCGACUUCCCUGCUGCGCGUGUCGUGCGGGAAAGCCACCGUAACGUGAAGAGAGUUUGGUCAGUGGGGAUAACGCUGAGCAUCUGCUGGUGAUUGACACAGACAGGCCUCUGACAGGCCUGGAUGGGAAACGCCCUGAAGUUCAGGCAGAUUAUCGGCCUCAUCUGGGAAGUGAAACAUUCCCCCCCCCCCGGUGAGGUGUGACACGGAGGCAAACAGGAAGGUGAGGUAAGGUGUCCUGCAAGGAACUCUCCCUUAUCUCAUUCCAAAUGCUGGUUCCCAGUGAGUCAUACAGUUCAGAAACGCUGCACAGUAAAAACCAAAUACACAUGAAAGUCCCUGAACUGCACUGGUGAUAAAACUGAACUGUUCCCCUGAGUCCAGCUUACUGUUGGUGAAGUCAGCUUUAUUAUCAAAGCACUGAGUGUACUUGGGAACCGAAGUGAAACUCCACGUGUUCCCAGGAGUAGCUUUUGCAUAACAGCACUCAGAUAUGCUACCAAUUACAACGGGUUAAUUAAUUUCCUAUUGUUGUGCACGUGAGCACUGAGAGUGAGCUUGUGGCGACACUGAUUGUGCUACGACUACUUGUUUCCCGAUUCGCGUUGGUCUCUCCACAUCAAAUACAAUCUCUUCGAUGAAGCAACAGAAUUGAAGUCGUUUAGGAGGAAAACUACGAAUGAUACACAACAAUUCAAUAUUAUAGUUUAUUUUUUUUCCAUCUUUUUUUUUCAUAUAUUUUUUCAUAUAAAAAAGUGUCAGUAACUGACAUCAGUCAGAAGUUUGAAAAAAAAAAACAACUCUUCCUCUCAAACCACUUCCAAAUGUACCAUUCGUUUAUCAUCACAGCCUCCGCUCCGUCCUCCUCCCCGUCGUUAUCGUCAUCAUCAGGAUACCACUCAUUCAUCUGUCUGAUUCUUUCAAUCCACUCUCAGAAGAAUGCAGUACUUUACUGAUUUUAGUAAACAAAAAACGAAAACAGCAGAGGUUUCACACCCCUGUGCAAAAUAAAAAAAAAAAAAAAAAAAAAAAGCUGCUUUUGCACUGGUUAGACUUCCCCAGCAGGGAAAAUAAGCACAGCUACAACCUCCUGCGUUCGAAAGCUAUCGACCACAGUCGGCCCUGCGUGGGCGAGCCGGGUCCCCGAGCAGCGGGGACUCGGCGGCCCCAGAAAGAGUCUCUGCUCACCGAAGAGCACUUCUUUAUAUGUUUCAUAGAGAAAAAAAAAAACAAAACAGAAGAGGUAUUCGUUCACUGGUAAAAUUCACAAUCCAAAGCUUUUUGAAAGUGUUAGGGCGACCAGGCAGCUGGGAUAAGCGGAAGACAGAUAAAGGUGUGGUUAGGGCAACCGGAAGCAAAUCCCGCCUGGAAAACCUGGUUUCUAACUUUCUUUUUGAUUAGCUUUUUUUUUUUUUUUAAACAUUUUUUUUUUCCCAUUACCAGAAAAAUAACAACAAAUGAUUAACAGUUAU